AUGCAGGGAACAAAAGGCCUGCAGGCGCUAUUCGAGACUGAAGGAGAGAGUAGAGUGUCUACUCGGGGGAGGAGGAGGAGGAGCGGGCGGCGGCCUCGUCCGCCCCAAAAGCCGAGCACCACCACCGCCACCACGGCGGCGCCAACGGGCCAGUACCCGGCGACCAACCCGUUUUCCUCGUCGUCGUCGGCCGCCGCAGCCAAGAUUUCCUUCUCCAGCUUCAAGCAGGGCUUCACCAGCACCACAAACUACCUCCGGCGUCGCUUCUCGUCGGGCGACCUUUCUGGGGAGCUCGACGACCAGCCCGGGGCCGCCGGCGAUGCGCCCGCCGCCGGAGCAGCGGGGGGCGCCUCCGCCACUGCGGCCAGCGCCGGCGGCGGCGGCGGAAAUGCUGGCAGCGCACAGCCCGGGGACACCGACCUCUCCCUUAACCUGCGCCCGAGCUCGGCCACAAGCGCGCCCAGCUCGCCGGCGCGCAGCGGGGUCAGCUCGUUGCUGUCGCGCGGCGCCUCGCUGACCGGACGUGUGGUGGGCGGAGGUGGAUCGGGCGGAAGCACGGUCGUCGGACCCGGCAAGGAGCGGCAGCUCACGUUGCUCGUGGUGGACGACGCGCACACCGACUGGGCUAAGCACUUCCGCGGCCGCAAGGUGCACGGCGAGUGGGACGUGCGCGUCGAGCAGGCCGAAUUCAAAGACCUCAGCAUAUGGGCCAGCUCGGAGGCGGGCGCCACCGUCAGCAUGGCGGCCAUGAGGCAGGGAACCAAGGUGGUUCGCUCGUUCCGGCCCGACAUGGUGCUUGUGCGGCAGCACGUGCGCGACGGCAGCCGCGACAACCGGCCCUUCCUGCUGGGCCUGCGGCUCGGGGGCGUGCCGGCAGUCAACUCGCUGCACAGCCUGUACAACUUCCAGGACAAGCCGUGGGUGUUCGCCCAGCUGCAGAGCGCCCAGCGGCGUCUAGGCCGGGAGCAGUUUCCCCUCAUGGAGCAGAGCUUCUUCCCGAACCACGCCGACAUGCUGGCCGCGUCCAAGUUCCCCUGCGUGGUGAAAGUGGGCCAUGCGCACGGCGGACUGGGCAAAGUGCGCGUCCAGAGCCAGCAGGAGCUGCAGGACGUGGCCGGCCUGGUGGCGCUCGCGGGCGACUACUGCGUCGUCGAACCGUUCGUCGAGGCCAAGUGCGACCUGCACAUCCAGAAGAUCGGCUCCGCCUACAAGUGCUUCGUGCGCAAGAGCAUCAGCGGACACUGGAAGGCCAACGUGGGAUCGGCCAUGCUCGAGCAGGUUCCCCUCGCCGACCGGCACCGACUCUGGGUGGACACGGUGGCCGAGCUGUUCGGCGGCCUCGACAUCUGCGCCGUCGAGGCCAUACAGGCCAAGGACGGCAGGGAGUUCAUCACCGAGGCAAACGACUCGGCCAUGCAGCUACUGGGCGAGAGCCAGGAGGAAGACCGGCGCUUCAUCGCUGACUUGGUGCUCCAGCGGAUGCAGCAGUACUGCCGGCCGCCCCAGCAGAUGGGCGCUGCGUCAGUACCCACCGCCGCAGCUGCAGCACCCACCGCGGCCGGCGUGCCACCUGCAGCCGUCGCCGCCACCGCCACACAGGAACCGCGGGCCGCCAACACGCGGCCACGGCGGGAGAGCCAGACGAGCGAGAAGGGCGAGGACCCGGACGACACCAUGAGGAACCUGCGCAAGACGUUCGCCGGUGUGUUCGGAGACAUGUAGGCGGAUCCAAAGGACACAGCGCGUCCCCGUCGCCGCACAUCUCCAGCAAGCAAGCAGGCACAGGGGGCGCAACCCGCUUAGCCGUAGCACAUCGUGUACUAGAAAAUACUGCAGGGCAACCUCGAUGAUGACGCCGAGUCCCCACGGGCCGACGGCAAGUAAGAAGAGACGCGCUAUAGCCCGUCACGCCCCGAGGUCCUCCCGAGGGGCAUACAGCCCCGACUCGCCUCACUGGGAAACAUCGCACCUGUCUCGGGCCAAAAGCACUCCCGCGCUCUCUCGCCGUUGAGCCUAUGGCGGGGCAAAUCACGAACCUUUUGUGUCUUACGGUAGCCUUUCUUCAACACAGCCUUCCGAGUCUCGAAAAAAAGAAAAACGAACAGGAUAUCGUCGCUAACGUGCCACAGACUACGCACUUACCGAAUGCGACCGAACACGAGCAGACGUAUAAUAAAAGAGGGCGGGCGCAUGCCGCGGAAUCCUUGGUUACCGUAGGUUUCGCACACCACCAAGGUGAAAGCGCCAGUGGCGCAGCCAGAAAUGUUUCCAGGGGGGAGGCACCUACAUCACCGGGGACGGAGAGUGUAAAGAGAAGGGGGGGCACGUGUCCGGUAUGCCAUCCCCCUGGCUACGCCUCUGGAAAGUGCCAGUGUUAUUGUCAUUUGUACGAGCGCUAGCUACGCCAGCGUCAUGACACAAGCUCUAUAGUUGCGUUUAACCAACGGAACCGUCCUCCGCUCGGCAAGCCUUCGUUUUACUGAUGUCUGGUGCUUUCUGCUGUGGACUUACGUUAGCUGCCGCACUGCGAAUGAUGAACCCAGCAAGCCCAAAGAGUAGGACUAUUCUGAAUUAGUUUUCGACAAUCAGCUACAGGCACGCCUAGAAGGCCUUGGAAGAGCACAUCUGGCCAGAAGGCCCUUGGCAACUGCGUAACUUAACUACACAUGUUUGGUUACGUUGGUUACGCGAGUGAGCACUUGUAUUUUACAAAGAUCAUGCCACACUGGAAGGUUACGCCUAUAGAAACGCACGAGCAAUCCGAUUUACACCGUCGACUCCCGUUAAUUAAACCCUUGUGGCACCUCCGCAAGAUUCGGUCGAAUUAUCCGAAAGGUCGAAUUAACAAACGGCGGCAAAAUGAACGAGUUCAAUUCCUUGAUACGAAAGCCUCAAAUGGCUCACUGAACUAAAAGGCCGGCGUCUGUCAUCUGUAGCAGCGAAACGGCAGAUAAAUUCCCAUUGGCUGCGACGCCACGUCACGAGCGCGCCUCGACGGAGCAGAGCAGGCGAAAGGGCACACCUGUUGCAGAAUUAGCGCGCCAGGUGUUGCGUGAGGGUAGAGCGCAUCGCCACUGACGGCACGUCUACCCUCGCUCUUGGAAACCUGUGUUAUCCGCGCCCGCGCAAGCUCUCGCCUGCGUUCUAAUUGCGCCUCGGUAAGGCGAAAUCAGAACGCGCUCGCUUGUCCGCGAGGGGUUCAGAAUUCGAAGGACCCUCAACACAGUCGUCGGAGCUGACAAAAUCUCCCAAACAGACAUCACCCAGGGCAUAGCGCAAGUCGUCAUCACUGUAGGACAGGUUAUUGCCGUCACCGUCGUCGCCUAGAGAAGCUGUAACGUCGUCUGCUGAAUUCCUUGAUGUCAAGCUUUUAUUAACUGCGGCGCGCAAGUGAGGGCGCCGAUGGCGGUUUGUCUGGUCGAAUUAGCGGAAGCGGCAUCCUUCUGCGUUCGAAUUAAGCAACUUUUCCUUCCGUAGCAAUGUAUGGCUUCCCACCACGGCUUUCCAAUGUAUUCGAAUAGAGCGACAAUAUUAAUUAACCGAGGUCGAAUUAACAGAAGUCGACUGUACAAGGACUGAUUGGCCUAUGCCUAUGGCCGGAUACACUGCAUCUUCUUUGACGUCGUUAGGGAUGCUCUUGCAUUUUACGUGACGUAACCGCCCAGUACAGCUGUUAUUCGCAAAAUAGCCACCAGAUAUGCUCUUUCAUGCAAACGGCUUUAUGUAGGUGCCCUCGCGUGUUUAAGUCAUAUCUUAUGUGAACGGCUCCUUCGUGCUUAGAAGCUCCUGUACGUUUUUGCACUGACCCUUCACGAGGGGAGGGGUCAAAGCUCAUCAAAGGGAAAGCGUUGAGAGCUAGUGCUGCAUAUCUGCCUUAGUUGGCAAUUGAGGGAUAAUGUCGAUCACUAACCACGCCGAUUAAGCGCCUGGGUCACAGACGUUGGAAGAGCUACGGUGUGUAGAUACGAAGCAUGCGUCCUUCAGAGUCGGGAAGGCAACGACCGCGAUACCACGUUCACCCAGCGAAGCGACGCAGGCGUACGUUUAAGUCUAUGCACGAAACAUUCACAACGUUACUGUUCCGAGAAGAACGAGACGCAUAAAAGUUGAAACUCCGGGAGCAGUGGCGUAGCCAGAAUUUUUUUUUUUUUUUUUUUUGAAAUCUCUUUUUCGGAGUGGGGCGGGGGCAGGCAGCAUGAGUCCGGGAGCACACAUGAACGUAAGAUCGGCGACCAGUUUCGGAAAGCAACAUUUCUUAGUUCCGUCAAGGUGCGCGACAGCACAAAUACAGGCAGGCUGCCGAAUUGCUGAAUGCAGAAAAUCAAAUUCUGGUGUCAAGGUGUGAGCUGGAGUACGCCAAUUUCAGUCCAGAGCCGUCUCGUAUGGUCAAAAAGAACUUGCUGCUGCCCAAGUGGGGGUACAUUUAAAGGAACAAUAGCGCCAUCCGAGACAACCGCACAGAAAAGAACCACGCGGUGAGCGCCACCUUCAAUGUGGUAACGUUUCGACCAUUGAACAACGCUUUUGAUUUGAUAUGGUGGCCCCUUUCAUUCGUACCAGAACAAGCGUCAGAUGACGUUUACAGAUAUGCAACUUCGGCCUUGCUUUCCUAUUCGUUACAAUAUUAAAGAGCGCGAUAAAAAAAAAUCUAGCGGUGCACUAUUAUGUGGCGAAGAUUCCGCACACGUUCUGUAACGGCGAGUCGAGAGCCCUGCUGGCACCUGACGUCCUCAGACGAGCCAAACCGCGAAGACCUACACCUACAAUGUCACGCGUAGUUCUCGUGGGGGGCUCGCGCAUAUCACCGAGGUUCCCCUGCACCGCCCUCCUGUGGCGAGCAAACGUGAUGCUGAUGCAGUUCGUUAUUAACGUCGUUGUUAUUAAAAGACGCGGCUGACCGACAAUGUAGGCGCAUCGUUGCCAACGCCGAAGUGGCAUAGGCGGUCGCUCUCUUCGUUCAUGACGAACAGCGCGAACGGAACACGCGAACUAAAGAGGAGAAAAGACGGGGCGGGGCGCCUUUUCAUUCGUCUGUUCCAUUCGUGCUAUCAGCCAUGAAUGCCUACUACCUGGCCAUACGUUCUCAUCUUUACGAUAGCCAUGUUCGCGAUACUUUCAAGCUGUACCUGCUCCGGCUUUGUUAUAGGCCCGAUGACUUGCGACGCUUUUACUUUUUGUUACUAUGGUCAUCGUUACGCUUGUUCGGUUUAGGCCCUACGAAACACUGGGUGCUAGCAGCUCACUUUGUGGGAGUGAUAAUUGACCGCCUCGUAUUUUCGAAAGUUCACGUACUGUCCGAUGAAGUGCAUUCACCAUACUUCAGCACAGAGUGAAGGUACUACGUAUUGAAGUAGUGGGGAUCUCUCGAGUAAGAUAUGGGAGAGUUGCCAGAACUAAUUUUUACUGCAGAACAAGCAUCCGUGCCAUCCUUCGCAGUCAAGAGAGCCAAGCGAUUCGCGGAAAUGAGGAAAAUUAUGUGUGAAUUUGCAUUUCUGCAAGACUGAAGACAAUACUUCUUUGGCGCACACAGCUGUAAGUUACAUUCAAUACAGGUGAGGAAGGAGUUGCUCUGACACGGUUAGCUGCGAACAGCACAAACUGUCGAACGAGAGCCAUAUAAAAGCAUCUCUCAUUAACUAGUGGCAUCUCCCUAUUUACAGAGUUAUGCAAACAGGAAGAUGGCAUUCUCAUCGUUAUUAUUGAUUGCGAACAUAAAAGCGAUGGCAAAGAGAAUAUAUACACAUCGGAGACAGCUUACAGGCAAGGGGAACCAAUGCAUGAGGGGCACAACUCCCGCCCGCGUUUGAGGGUUAAAGAAAGGGAAGGCACAAUCCAUGUUGUUCUUUACUUGGGAGCAUCAACUCUCGGGCACUGUCGGAGGGAUGCUUGAUCUUCCCUUGAGGAGUCUAUUCGAUUAAACGCAGUUGCCUUGCUAACGUCUUUGUUUCGUUAUUUUCCAUUUCCUUUGAUGUUUACCCCCACCCUUCCUUUAAUUUCAACAUCACCGCACCUUAUGACAUCUUCCAGUAAUGUCUAAUUCUUAGCUAAGCCUACCAUAUUUCCCGCCAUUGUCCAGAAAGGAAUAAAAUCAACAAAUAUGCGUAAAAUAACGAGAUAGGCGCACGCUAGCACGCAAACGAGAACUACACGCACAAAAAAUGUAACGCUAAUUACGAACAAAUCGUAUGCCAGCAAAAAACACGCCGUACGAGAUUCUCGGUGGAGUUUACUUGCGUAAACGCACAUGGCAGGUAUGCCUAAACAAGGCCAGAUAAGAGCAGCCGUCUAUGGCACAGUGCCUCGGCCACGAUGCACCUCCUGUCAAGGCGCGGGCACACCGACAGUGGCCCGCGCAUCGGCGCCAGCAGCGGUGCUUGCUUCGGACAGCACAGCUCCGAGUGCGAGUCCAGCCCAGGUGCUGCCUGCGAAGCCGCGCGAGAGCAAGGAUGGCCACAGCACGCUGACCAGACGGCGGGGAACCGCGCCUGCACCACGUUCAGUAUUUCCAAGCGGAAUCGAGCGGCCUCUCUCGAAUUGCGCAUUUGCCAAAAGAUGUGGCCCACAGCCAACAUUUCGGCAGGUAGUCUUGAGCCCCUUGCAAUUUGUCUUCGAUGAAGACGACUUGUGGAACUGUUGGCUGUGGCACCGUUUUCGUUCUUCCAACACGCAUUCCAUCUUCCGCGUUUUAUUUCUUGUAGCCAGAAGAAUGAGCACAUUACGGCAAAGGUUCGAGGUUAGAUGCCCAAAGGAUGCACACCCUUUCAGAGGGACUCUGUAUAGUUGACGGUGAUUAGUUUCGACAUUCCAGAGUUCAUUAACGCGCCGUAACAUCGGUAUACACGAAUAUUUUCGCAUUCUGUCCUCGUUGCAAUACAGAUGGCGGGAAUCGAGCCCGGGACCUUGUGCUCAGGUGCAAGGGCGCUUAUGACCGCGGCGAGUACCGGCUCGUGUACGCUUAGUUUCACCAAUAUGUCCCGUUCACACUGCGCAUCUCUCAUAAUGCGAGGACCGAUAGAAAAAUGCCACGAACGGCGAGAGACAGCGCCUCGACGCACGUGUGGGCGCGUGCCCUGUGGCCAUCCCCCCUCGUUGCGUGCCGAGCACUAAGCUCAGGCUGAAUAUUCUGUGCGUCAGUAUGUGGAGUCCGGGACUCCGUUCUCAAUGGGUGUGAUAUAUAAGUGCUAAUAAAUGGUGGACGGUCGUUACACACACGCGGGUACCACUGCGUCCCGGUGGCCUCGUCCUGUGGGCGACAAGCAAGUUCAGAUGUUUACCUGUAGAAAUAAAUGUGCCAUACCCGCUCGCUUACCCUCCUCCCUGUGAAGCCCUUCACAACCGAUGUCGCCGUAGAGCUUCGUGCAAGCUUACCAGAGGGAAGCGUGACGCUGCACCAUUUUAACCACUGCGGAGCAAUGCUGGGAAGAUACGGGCUUCGGAUUAGUAUCGGCUGGCUCGCGCUGUGCUACGGGUGCCAGUCCUAAUUUCUUUUCACUUCACUUAUCCGUUAGUUUUUGUUUUUCUUCAUAGUCAGAAAGAGUCAAGCCGCUGUCAUAAAAUUAGGAUUUCGUGCGCCCGUUCACGCAACACUGUCACAGAGAUUUGAAAUCACGGUCACUGGUACUGACCAUUACUCUGCGAGGAGAAUUUUACAAGAAAGAAAUGUCAGCAUAGGUACUUCGCGGCGCAUCACAGCACGCGUGCAAGCUUUCAGUGAAUAAUUUUUUUUUGCGGGAAAGGUACAUUACACAAGUGAGUGAGUACGAACUUUAUUGAGGUCCUGAGGAGAAUACACAACAAUUUCACGAUGUGCUGCUGCGGCUUCGUUGCCUGAAAGCGGAAUCUAUGCCACCGUGGUCGCAUCGCGCGCCAAGCCAUCAGCCGAACCACACUUCCCAUCAUUCCGCUCUCUACCCGCAUAGAAACUAUCGCGUCACAUUUCCCUCUAGGUCAAGCUUUAAGAAACUCUAUGGCCGCUUUCCUUCGAAACAACGACGAUCGUCUCGGUGAUCCACUGCCAGGCUUGCCAGCCCAAGAGUCAUUCGAGCCGGUUGUGUUGCUGUACUGGCUUUUGCAAAUCCAAAAAGAACCAGCACCCUGCAGAACUGUGUGCGUUGACGAAUGGUGGAGUACGACAAAGAAGGCAAUAAAGAAUGUGGGCACCCGGAUUGCGUCUUUAUGCGCCCUGGCGAAAGCUCUUCUGGAGUAAGGCGAACGGUUGGCCAUGC